UCUCCCCUGCUUCGUUUCCUCUAUUCCCCCUCCCCCCCGCCGCCGCCGCCGCCAUGGCUGCCGAUUCUUGCGCAUAUCCCCCUCUUCUCCACCCUGACCAUCCCGCCGCGACUCCGACAUCAAGGAAGAAAUACUUACCGGUGCUCGCGUUUGCCGCCUCGGCGGCGCUGAUUCUGUGCGUCGCCGCAUUCGCGUCCUACAGCUCGAGUGGCUCUCGCCGGACCGAUUUACCUGGAAAUGGAGCGUCGGAACCGAGCCGACGAAUCUCCAGAGGCCCCGCCGAGGGCGUGUCGGAGAAAUCCUCCAUGGGGCUCCUCGGCUCCUCGCCGUCCUACCCCUGGACCAACUCCAUGCUCCUUUGGCAGCGCACUGCCUUCCAUUUCCAACCUCAGAAGAAUUGGAUGAAUGAUCCCAAUGGGCCGACGUACUACAGGGGAUGGUACCACCUGUUCUACCAAUACAAUCCGGCCUCGGCGGUGUGGGGCAACAUUACGUGGGGGCACGCUGUAUCGCUCGAUCUCGUGCACUGGUUCUAUCUUCCCAUCGCCAUGGUUCCUGACCAUUGGUACGACGCCAACGGCGUCUGGACCGGCUCUGCCACCAUCCUCCCCGACGGCCGCCUCGCCAUGCUCUACACCGGGUCGACCGCCGAGUUGGUGCAGGUGCAGAAUCUCGCCUUCCCGGCCGACCAGGAUGACCCGCUCCUGCUAACGUGGGUCAAAUCCGAGUCAAACCCGGUGCUGGUUCCCCCACCGGGGAUCGCCCCAAAGGACUUCCGCGACCCCACCACGGCCUGGUACGUCCCCUCCGAGUCGGCCUGGCGCAUAGCCAUCGGGUCGAAGAACGACUCGCAGCGCCACGCCGGGAUCGCUCUGGUGUACCGGACGUCCGACUUCCUGAGCUACGAGCUCCUCCCCGGCGUGCUCCACUCGGUGGCCGGGACCGGGAUGUGGGAGUGCGUGGACUUCUACCCGGUGUCGACCGAGUCAGCGACGGGGCUGGACACGUCGGCGGCGACGGGGCCGGGGAUGAAGCACGUGCUGAAGGCGAGCAUGGACGACGACAGGCACGACUACUACGCCAUCGGCACUUACGAGGCGGCCACCAACGCGUGGGUGCCGGACGACCCCGAGAAGGACGUGGGGAUCGGCCUGCGGUACGACUACGGCAUGUUCUACGCGUCCAAGACGUUCUACGACCCGGUGAAGCAACGCCGAGUCCUGUGGGGGUGGAUCGGGGAGACCGACAGCGAGCGCACCGAUCUCCGGAAGGGCUGGGCCUCCCUUCAGACCAUUCCGAGGACGGUUCUCUUCGACCAGAAGACAGAAAGCAACCUCCUACAGUGGCCGGUGGACGACGUGGAGACGCUGAGGUCGGGCAGCCAAGAGUUCAGCAACAUCAGCAUCCCCGCCGGCUCCGUCGUUCCCUUGGACGUCGGCACGGCCACGCAGGUGGACAUCGUGGCCGAGUUCGGGGUCAACAAGUCGGCCUUGGCCGGCGCGGUCGACGCCGCGGUGGGGUACAACUGUAGCACGAGCGGCGGCGCCGCCGGAAGGGGCGUGCUCGGCCCGUUCGGCCUGCUCGUGCUGGCCGACGACGAUCUGUCGGAGCAGACUGCUGUUUAUUUCUACUUCGUGAGAAGCACUGAUGGCAGCAUCAGCACUCACUUCUGCCAUGACGAGCUCAGGUCAUCCGAGGCAGCUGACAUCGUCAAGAGGGUGUAUGGAAGCUUGGUUCCGGUGCUUGAUGGUGAAACCUUAUCAGUACGCAUACUAGUGGAUCACUCUGUCAUAGAGAGCUUUGCACAAGGAGGAAGGACAUGCAUCACAUCACGUGUAUACCCAACCAGCGCAACCUACGGCGGGGGACGGCUUUUCCUCUUCAACAACGCCACCGGAGUCGAUGUCACGGCCAAGUCGCUUAAGAUCUGGCAGAUGGGUUCCGCGUUCAUUCGGCCGUUCUCUGAGCACGACUCAGUUUCACUCCACUGAUCUCGAACAGCUUCGUCCAAACUUCAACCAGACAAAGUUGAGUCAAACUCCAUCGUCUUCCUGUAGAAAAAGGAAUCUGCUUCGAUCGCAUUCAUUCAUCAGUUCACCGGAAAAGGUCUAUCAAGAUGGAUUCGAUUGUCUACUUGCUUUUGUGUGAAGGCCUUUCCAUGUAAUUCUUUUGGGAGGAUGUCAUUUUGAUUAUUUUCUUCAGAAAUACAUGCAUUAAUGUGUGUGUCGAGUCAAAAUUCAUUCGAUUAAUGGGAACAACCUCAUCAUUUUCUUA